UGAAGCAUCAACCAAUCAGAUUUCUCUACCUGCUUCAUGCUAUUAAGCUGGUUGCCCCCGCUUCACUCACUAAGCUGCACAUCUUUGGAUGAUACCAUUUCUGUAAUCAAAUCUGUAUGGCCAGAUACCGACCUGCCGAAUCCGUAAAGUCACGUGACUACCCUAGCCCCUUAAAACCAGUUUAACGAGCAGCUGAUCUUUGAUAUCCAAUCACUAUGUCCAAGGCGGAAGAUGUGUGAUGGCCGUAUUUUACCACAUAUUUGCAGGGAAACACGGCUUCAAAAAACUACAAAAAUCACGAAAGAAACACUUUAAUACAAGAUGAAUACCUUGAUCCAUACAAAAGCAAGGGUAGUUGGCCAUGGUAAAACAAUCCGACAAUAUGGCUGUUUCAAAUUAUGGUACAAUACCAGUCAAAUAAAUGGAAGUUUAGCACUCGUUUACACUGGUAAAAAAGAUUCGUGGGACAAUAGAUUAUUGAUACACUCCAAACUAAGAGGAGGCUGUAACACUAUAAGUACACCAUAUUUACAACUUCGCACAUUUUAUGCAACGCCGAUAUGGAACGGGCAAGAAUCAUCUUCCAAAGUGGAGGACACAGUAAAAAAUAUCAAAGAACAAAAAGAUUUGAAAGAUAAAACAGAGGGAACCGUUGCUCAGACUACUACAAAAGCUGUAGUAGAGAAAGUAACGAUAUGGCAGAAAAUCAAGGGGGAAAUUAUUCAUUACUACCAUGGGUUUAGAUUAUUGGGUCUGGAUAUGAAAAUUUCAGCAAAAUUAGUUUGGCGAAUUUUGCACGGCAAAGAACUUAGUAGAAGGGAGCACAGAUUGCUUAUAAAAACAACUGGAGACAUGUUCAGGCUAAUUCCCUUCUCUGUUUUCAUCAUUGUUCCUUUUAUGGAGUUCCUAUUGCCAAUUGCUAUCAAGCUUUUCCCUGGCUUGCUACCAUCUACCUUCCAAACAGCUACAGAAAAAGAAGACAAAUUGAAACAAGCAUUGAAGAUCAAAAUCGAGAUGGCUAAAUUUUUACAAAAAACAUUGGACGAUAUGGCAGUGCAAUCAUCAGACUACAAAUCAAAGAAGGCCAAAGAAUUCGCAGAAUUUUUCUAUAACGUUCGGAGUUCCGGCACCCCAGCAUCGAACGAAGAUAUUAUGCAAUUUAGCAAACUCUUCGAAGACGAAAUUACGUUAGACUCUCUUUCCCGACCACAAUUGGUCGCAUUGUGUAGAGUUCUAGAUGUACAGACUCUAGGAACAACGAAUUUCUUACGAUUCCUGCUUCGAAUGAGACUCAGAAGUCUUGCAGCGGACGACAAGCUGAUAGAGAAAGAAGGUCUCGAUUCUCUAACCAGAAGCGAGUUGCAGCAAGCGUGCAGAGCAAGAGGAAUGCGGGCAUACGGUUUGCCGGAAAGCAAAUUAAAGGAGCAAUUGUCUCAAUGGCUGGAUCUUAGUUUAAACAAGAAGGUCCCGCCAUCUUUAUUGCUUCUCUCGCGAGCACUGAUGGUCCCGGAGACGAUACCUAUGUCGGACAAGUUGAAGGCUACCAUUUCAGCCCUUCCUGAUACUGUUGUCGCACGUACUCAGGGCGCAAUCGGUGAAAAGGAGGGCAAAAUGGAUCAUAAGACGAAUAUCGAGAUCAUUAAGAUGGAAGAACGCAAGAUCGAGGAAGAGCGGCAAGAGAAGAAAGAGAUCGACCCGCAACCAACAGUGUCUACAUACAAACCUGACGAAAUUACAAAUACAGACGUGAAAGUAUUAGAGCAGGCUUUGGAUAGUAUUGGGAAGGACAAGAAGUCGAUGUCGGUGGAGAAGGAGGAGCUGAAGGAACUGAAGGAAGAAAUGGCCGAGUACCAGGAGGACAUAAAAGAGCUUCACGAGAUCAAAGCUGCCGCAAAGGGUCAAGAGGACAUAGAAGACAUCAAGGAGUCCAAGGGUGCUAAACGAUUAUUCAAUAAAGUGAAUAAGAUGAUCCGAAAAAUGGACGAGGUUCUGGAACAGCUGGAAUCUGAGAAAAUUAAACAAAAAGCUGGUACCAUCGACGUGGAAAAAUCCCCCUCCGCCAAGAGUGCGGAGGAAUUGGUUAAGAUAGAAGAACUAAUUACAGCCAUUAAGAAAAUUCAAAAUGUACCCGAUGAGCAUCGAUUAGAUCGCAUAGUAGAAAUCUUAGCGAAAAUGGAUGAUGACAGGGACGGAUCUAUAAAGAUUGAAGACGUUCUCAAGGUAGUGGAAUUAAUUGGAAAGGAAGAUAUUAAGUUAAGUAAGAAGCAAGUGCACGAACUCAUCGAAUUAAUUGAUAAAGAGGAAAUACUGGAAGUAGAAGAACAGAUACAGAAGUCAUUGCAGAAGGACUCGACAGCUGAGACGGAAAAGCCAUCUCAAGAAAAGUAUGUUGCACCAAAAUCUCCUGUUCCUGCUACGCCAGUAACUACUGAAAAAGAUUUUGGCAAAGAGGAACUGGACGAAGACUAUGGAGCACGCUCGCCCGAACAGGCAAGAGAAAAAGCGGUUCUUAAGAGUGACUCCUCUUCCGAUCCAGUGAGAAAUCCUUCGUUAACCCCUGGCGUCCCACCGACGACAAAAAAAGCGGAAGGCUCUAAGCAGCUAUGAUCACCGCACAAUAAACUAUAAAUUAAUGUAUGUAAUUAUUAAUACAAUCUUUAUAUCAGACCUUAAUCGAAGGCGAUAUUGCGUUAUUAUCUCUAUAAAUAUUUUUACACAUACAUUUCUUUAGCGAAUGGGUUUCUACAUAUAAACUUGCACUAUAUAUAUAGUGGAAGUUUUUUAAGAAGGCUUCGGACACAUGGAAGUCUUCCUAGAAUAACUCCAAUAGUUACAUGUAUGCUUUAACAGGCUUCAUAAUGAAAUGCUGACACAUACAUGAUCUAUCUUUGGUAAUAUAGAACAAUUUUACUAUGAACAUUAGAAAAGAACCUUUAUCCAACUUUUGUAUUUAUUACUACAGCAGAUUCUGAAUUUUUUUCAUUAAGACUGCGAUGCAUUUAAUAGCAUCAAUGUGGUAUUUGGUCUCUGGGAAUUGAAAAUUGUGCUGGUCACAAAAAAAAACGUUAUUCUGCUUACAAAAUUUUUAAUUGACAACGGAAAAAGAAUUUUUCUUUAAAUUGUGCGUGACAAUACUUUAAUUAUCUAAUUAACAACGAAAUUAUUUUACGAGCACUUUGUUUUUUGUUUUAACGAAGCUCAAUUCCAAAAUAUUGUACUACCGUAAGGAAUCAUUCCAUCUGUCUGAGUAUUGACUAUUGUUACAGAAUUAUUAAUUGCAACUAUGAACCUCUGUGAUCGAGGUUUAAGGAAAAGUAUAAUGUACAUUUAUAGAUAACAUAAUUUUAUUAACUGUAAAUUACAUGAACAGGGAUUAUUGUCCACCAUGUGUAUGUAUUGAAUAUAAAGAGAAUAUUUAUAUAAGGCA